GAGAAACUGUCAGCAACAGGUUGAAUCGUUUAGUUUAAUAAAUAAAAUAUUAUUAGAAAUGUCGCACAUUAAGAACCUUAUACCAAGGACGGUGAAUCCUGAUAUACAAAAGGAGCGAUCAGCUGCCAGUUUUGAUGUACAAGAGUUUGCUGCUUGGUGGCAGGGCGGCUUGGCGAAACUAAACACCAAGAGAGAGAUAGAACGCGUUCUCUUUGACGAUCAGGAGGAUGGCUAUGGCCUUAAGCAUGAGUACAUGUCUCAUGAGGAAGUAUACAACUGCAUGGUUAAGAACUUGUGCGAAGCUGCGCCCAAGCUAAAGGCGCUGCAGCAAAGACUUAAUCCUGGUGGCUCUGAUAUUUGGCCUGCUUGCCUGACCAAUGUACAGGCUACUGGUCUUUUUCCAGGCAAUCAUCCGCUGGCAACGCACAUAACCAUGUUCGUGGAUGUGAUCAAAGGUCAAGGUACACCCGAGCAGGUGGACAAGUGGGCCAAGGCGGCUGAGAACUGUAAUAUAAUUGGCACCUAUGCGCAAACGGAGCUAGCUCAUGGUACCAAUGUGCGCGGCAUUGAGACGCGUGCAGACUAUGAUGUCAAAACAGACGAGUUUGUGCUCAAUACGCCCAGUCUGGAGGCCUACAAAUGGUGGCCAGGCGGCUUGGGACACACUGCCAAUCAUGCCAUGGUGGUGGCUCAGCUGUAUAUAAACGGACAGCACAAGGGCAUACAAAUGUUUAUUGUGCCCCUACGUGAUGCGGAAACGCACAUGCCUCUGCCUGGCGUGGAUAUUGGCGAGAUUGGCAAAAAGCUGGGCAUGCAUGCCGUUAAUCAAGGCUUCCUGGGGCUGAAGAACGUGCGCAUUCCACGCACAAACAUGCUAAUGAAGUACACCAAGGUGGAAAGAGAUGGCAGUUUUACAGAAAGUCCAGCUUCCAGGGUGAACUAUCUGACAAUGGUUUAUACGCGCUGCCUGAUUGUUAAUUUGAAUGCAACAUUGCUGCUGGAAGCGGCUACCAUAGCCACUCGCUACUCCGCCGUGCGUCGUCAGAGUCCCAUUGAGCUGAACGCACCCGAACCGCAGAUCAUAGACCAUGUUACUCAACGUUUGAAGCUGUUCCCUGAGAUAGCGAAUGGCAUGGCCUAUCACAUGGCCGCGGAGUACAUGUGGGAGCAGUAUGAUCAGACGGUGCUUGAGGCGAACAACGGCAAGUUCGACAGACUGCCUGACAUGCAUAUACUCUCAUGCGCCUUGAAAGUUCUUGCCAGCACUGAUGGCUGUGCGGGCAUUGAGCGCUUGCGUCUGUCCACUGGUGGUCAUGGCUAUCACAUUGCCGCCAAUAUGAGCAACAUUUACGGCAAUGCUGUGGCAGCUAUUACCUAUGAGGGAGAGAAUACAGUGCUGCUGCUGCAGAUUGGACGUGCGCUGGUAAAGGCUUGGGCAAACUACAAACAAGGACAGCCGCUCUCUGCCUCUUAUGCCUAUUUAGCAUCCUCCAUGCAACUGCGCGAGUUUCCCAAGUGGGACAACUCCUGGCAAUGCAUUUUAAAGGCACUACAGUUUACGGCCGCUCACAAGACGCGCAUUGCCUUUGAGAAUUUAUCGGAGCGCAUGGCCAAGGGACAGUCGCAGGCAGUGGCAGCCAAUAAUACAGGCAUUGAACUGACGAGAGCUGCUGAGCUGCACGGUCGUCAGUUUGUGUGCCAAACGUUUAUGGAGCAAAUCACAGGCGCCAAGGCAAAGAAACGUUCGCAGGCACUGAAUGCUGUUUUGGAAAAUGUGCUUGAGCUUUUCCUGGUCCAAACUGUGCUUAAUAAUAUGAGUGAUGUGCUCAGAUUUAUCAAUCUUACCGAAGUGGAUCUGAGAUCUUUACAAAAGCGUUUGGAACUGUCGCUAGAGCAAUUACGCCCCAAUGCUGUAGCUAUCUGUGAUGGCUUUGAUUUCCAUGAUAAAGUGCUGAACUCUGUGCUCGGCUGCUACGAUGGCAAUGUCUAUCCCCGACUCUUUGAGGCAGCCAAGCGCAGUACAAUGAACCAGAAGCCUGUGCAAAAGUCGUUCGAGACUUACCUCAAGCCAUUGAUGAAAUCUAGUCUAUAAAUAUUAUUUGUUUAUAAUCAUUUUGGUGCUGCUAUUAAAGACAUUUGUUGCAUUUGUUUAAAUUAGUUUUAUACCGUUUUAUUUAGCAAAUCAAAACCAAUAUUUCAGUACAUUCAGCGCAUUUAAAAAAAGGACUAACAAACUAAACGCUUACAUAACAGCAAAAAAACACAUUAUGUAAACUUUUUGAUAAAACGUACUAGAUUGAGAGAAAACAAACAUAGUACAUACAUAUAAAAAGUUGCAGUUGCAGUUACAGUUUGCGUUUUUUACAGUGUAGAAAAAGUUAUAUUUUUGUAUUCAGAAUGCAUUCAGUUUUUUGUUUUUUUUUUUUUUUUUGUUUGUUGCUGUUUGUGUGUGUUUGAUAUUCGAUCGAAAGAGUUCGUUUUAACACUUAUGUAUGUAUACACCGAUGUCGUAGUAUGUGUGUUCGCUUGCAUGUAUCGUUUAUUAAUUAUAAUCUGUAGAAUUAGCUUGCUUAAUUGUAUCGCUAUUAUUAUUAGAUUAUUAUUUUAACUUGCAUUUCGUAGUGAAAUUAUGGCAUAUGAGCGUAAGAAUUGAAAAUUGUAGCUUGACUAACAAAUAAACAGAUAUUGCAGCUAAUUAAUUGUUACGAAUUUCGUGUAUACAUGUGUUCUAGGAUUCAUUUAACAAUAAAUUUAUUAUUUGUUGUUUUGUUUUGUUUUGUAGUAUUAUGUGCGGGUUUGUAAACUUAACAAUAAACUUUCACUAUUGCAUGUAAAUAUAAAUAUGCAUUUUAAUUAUUUGUGUAUUGCUUGUAAGUAAGUAAGUAUAUAAAAAAGUAAAUUAAACAAUUCUUUGUCAGCGACAGCGAACUUAAAGUGUAAAGCUAAAUAAAUGCACAGUUAUGCAUGCGUUUAUUAUUUUUGAUUUUCGAUUAUAUAGGCAUUGGUAAGUAAGGAAACCAAGGACAGUAGAGCAAGCGCAGUUAAAUUAUAUAUUGCCAAAAGAAAAAAAAACAACAAAUUAAGUUAUACAAUUUAAAAAUACAUCAUGUACAAAUUGCUUUCUCAACUUUUGAAUAAUUCAUAAUUCAUAUCCGUUCUCAGCAUAAAUUUAAUAAAUAAUGUUUCACAUUUUUUCUAUUUUUCGUAGAAAAGAGUAGAAAUUUAUAAACGAACUGUGUUUGAUUUUUACUAAGGGCAUUGGCUUUCCAAGGAAAAGUGUGUUUACGCUUUUUAGUUUUACAUUUUCAUUUUGUUCAAGUUUUUAAUAUUUUUUUUAUGUUUUUCGUUUUUUUGUUUUUAGGAAUUACGCUAAUAAUUACAUAGUUAUGCUUAUGUAUAACUUAAAAACAUUUAUGCUGCCAUUUCAGAGUUAAGUUGUGUCCACACAGAUAAUUAUUCAAAUUGUUGUAUGUAGUUCAUUUUCAUUUGUUUUGUUUUGUAAAUUAACAUUCAUAUGGUUCUGCGGUAAUUGUAAUUAGUAUUAUGAUAAUUCGUAUUUGUUAAUUAGACCAUAUAUACUAUUGAAUGACAUUCAAUUAUAAAAUUGGGUGUGUGUGUGUGUGUGUGUACGUGUGGUGUAUUCAGCUAACAUAUAUAAUAAUAUAUA